UAAGGCAGGAAACUGGUAAAGUUUUGUCAGAGGAUAAAUAAAACAGUGUGUCUUGUAUAUCAGAAAUAAGAGAUUAACGAAGUCUUCAAAUGGGGAGAAAGGGUAGAAAAGCAGAGGCCAAUGGAGGAGGGGAUGCCCCGAUAUCAAAAAAAGCUCGCCUGGAAGGUCCAGAGAUAGAUGGAUACUUAGUUCAGUGGGAGUGGGAAGGAGAUAAAGGAAAGUGGACAAAAUACUCAGACAGCAUGAAUAAAGACAUCACUGAUGCAUUCAACAGCAAGAAGAAAAUGGUAGAGUUUGAUGUUGGAAAAAAUGUGGUGAUCCAAGUAAAGAUGGACCAGAUGGUACAGAGAAACAAAAAGACAGGAUGGGAGCGGAGAAUAAGAUGCUGUCUUAAAGAAGAUAAAGACUUUUACAUCUGGCAGUGGCAGGAUGAGAAGGGAGGCUGGAACCCAUAUGCUGUGGAGACCUGUGUAGAGUUAGAGGGGGCUGAGGGGAAGGGUCACAUAGACUUUGAGGCCUUUCAUAGGUCCUACUCCAUAGAUGUAGCCAAAAUGGAGCAAAUUAACACAGCAACUGAUGUCAAACGGAAAGUAGAAAGAGUCAAAUCAAAUGCCAUCGCUGCUGACCCUUCAUCCUCAGGAACAGUUGUAACAGAAAUCAAAACUGAAAAACAGGAAGCUGCAAAGGGUUCUGGGAAAAAGGGUGCCAAAGUGAAAGAGGAACCAAUGGAAGAAGAGGAAAAAGAAGCAAGUGCUGGGGAUUCAAAAGGGAAAAAGGCUGGAGGAAAAAGUGGGCCAAAGAAGGGGAAGUCUGGGAGAAGGGAACUUGGAGAGGAAGAAAGAAUCCGUACAGUGGUAAUAUCUGGUAAAGCACCUGUUGAUGCUGAAUGUACAUCCAUGGUGGGGAAGGCUCAUGUUUACUCUGAGGGCAAUGACAUAUGGGACUGCAUGCUGAAUCAGACAAACGUGGGUAAUAACAACAACAAGUAUUACCUGAUACAACUGUUAAAGGAGAAUACCAAGAAUGCAUACCAUGUCUGGCAGAGAUGGGGGCGUGUUGGUUAUCAUGGACAGAACAAUCUGGUUCCAUGUGGAGGGGACCUAGAGAAGGCUAAAGAUGUAUUCACAAAAAAGUUUAAAGACAAAACCAAAAAUGAUUGGUAUCAAAGGAAACAUUUUGAGAAAGUACCAGGAAAAUAUGACAUGCUAGACAUCGAUUAUGGUGCAAAGGGUGAGGAUGAAACAGAUGCUCCGAAGAUCAAAAAGGAGAAAUCUGAUGUCAAAGUUCCAGACUCCAAGUUAGACAAAAGACUUCAGGACCUGAUGAAUUUGAUAUGUGAUAUUAAGAUAAUGGAGGACACAGUACGAGAAAUGAAAUAUGACUGUAUUAAGGCACCACUAGGUAAGCUGACAAGUGACCAAAUAAAGGCUGGAUACUCAGCUCUGAAGACUAUUGAUGCCUGUGUAGAGAAGGGAGACUUUGGGAGAAAACUGACUGAUGCUUGUAAUGACUUCUACACAAGAAUUCCUCAUGACUUUGGUAUGAGAACACCCCCUGUCAUCAGAGACAAGGAAACAGUGAAGGCAAAACUACAACUCUUAGAGUCAUUGGAAGACAUUGAGAUUGCCAUGAAAACUCUGAAAAGUGGAGAUUACUCGGAGAAUCCAAUAGACAGACAUUACCAUGCCCUGAAGUGUGAACUGCAGCCAAUGGACAAAUCAGCUGAUGAAUUUAAAAUGAUAAAUGAAUAUCUUCAGAAUACUCAUGCAGCUACACACAACCAAUAUAAAAUGCAGAUUGAAGAUGUUUUUGAAGUUGAUAAAGAAAAUGAAGCAAAGCAGUUUGUAGACCACAGCAACAAAAUGCUGUUGUGGCAUGGUUCUCGUUUAACUAAUUGGGUUGGCAUCCUCUCAAAAGGUCUGAGAAUUGCCCCUCCUGAGGCGCCUGUUACUGGUUACAUGUUUGGAAAAGGAGUGUAUUUUGCUGAUAUGUCUAGUAAAAGUGCCAACUACUGUUUUACAACAAGAUCUAAAAACAUUGGUUUAUUACUCCUAUGUGAGGUGUCCUUGGGAACCACAAAUGAUUUACUGGCAGCAGACUACAAGGCAGAUAAGCUACCACCAGGAAAACACAGUGUUAAAGGCUUGGGAGCAGUGGCCCCAGAUCCCACUAAACAUAAAGUACUGCCUGACGGGACAGUUGUUCCUCUAGGAAAGAGUAAGAACACUAAUGUGAAAAAUCCUCAUGGAUACACACUGAAUUACAACGAGUUUAUAGUGUAUGACACCAAACAGAUCAAAAUGAAGUAUCUAGUGAAGGUGAAAUUCAACUAUAAGUGAUUGCAAUUCAAUUCGAUAUGAUUAGCAUGGCACAUGGCUAUACAAGUUAAUUUCUAUGUACAUGAAGGUUGUGAAAUCAUGUCAUAUGGAGAAUUGAUGCACAUCACAAAUGUCAGUCUGUAUUAGCUUACUAGAUCUCUGUUAAUGAUUAUGGUUUAAAUGUUUAUGGUUAUUGUUUUGUGUAUCUGUAGAAGGCUCAACUUCUCUUGUAGUUUCUUUGAUGUCUACAGAGUAUUAGUUAAAUCUUCUUUCACAGUAGUUGCAAAUACUUUGGAUAUCAAUAAAACAAAUGCAAAACUA